AUGGAAAAACUGUGUGAAGAAUUUAAUUCAAUGUCCCUCUCCGAGGACGAAACCGAAGUAAGCUUCAUUCUUUUUUUGUUUAAAAAUUUUUUUUUUUUUUUUAUUUUUUCUUUUAUUUUUUUAAUUUUCUGUUUUUUUUUUAGUUAGCGCACCUCAGUGCGCGCCUCGUGGCGGAGUUCCCAGGGUGCUCAACCUUGGAGGAGUUUCGGCUUCAAAUUAGCCGAAACUUUUAUCAAGCUUAUUAUGCCAUUAUAUAUGGCGAAGCCUCAAAGGCUUCCAAGGAGGCGGCGGAAGAACUCCGUCGCUGUUUCGAGCAGACACUCGAAACAGUCGACGGGGUGGACCCCCGGUCCAAUGAAAGGAUUCAUGGAUGCCCUUAA